UCCCCCACGCUUCAAAUAGCACCUGAUAUUAUUCCGAGUCUUACCAGCUCGGGCCUCGUAUUCGCCGCUGUCUUUUGCUUCUAUCAUCAGUCAGACUAACGGUGCGGUAGAUAUUCUUCCUCAACCAUGGCUACGAUCCUUGGCUCUUCAUUCACUGGCCAAUGUUUGGUAGUCCACUCAAGGAAGCCUGUAUCGAGUCAAUCCAGCUGCGGAAGUUUGUGCGUGAGGGCUGAUGCUACGGUUGAUUCCGUUGGCAAGCGGCAACCCAAGGAUCAGCGGUCGGAGCACCUCAAGCUGAAUACGGAGUCACUGCAACUACUACCUGGAGCAGCUGAUGGUUUCAUCGCCAUCACGACGAAUGAAAAGCUCGCUCCGAAGUUCACUCCUGAAAAGGCCAGGCUUCUGCGACUGUCUCUCCGAAAGAGCGACUCUCAUCACGAUGCGAUGUAUCACUCCGGGCUCGCGUCUCGACUAGCGUGACGAGCUCUUGGCUGCUGUGCAUCACAGCCACGGUCUUCCUGGGAGAUGCCUUUCAGGAAUUCCUCAAUUUUGUGCAGGGCUGCCUCCAUGAUGGCGCCACCGUCAGGCAUUAGGCAUGUAAUUGUUGCUAUGUAGAGCAGAGUUUUACUGUAUAUUGUGACACUAUUGUUUUUUUUUUUUAAAUA